UUUCGUACCCUAUUGAAGUAUUGAUAAUCGCUUUCUGGCUUUCGGUGGAUGGGCUAGACUCAUUUAUGAAUACCUUCCCGAAUAAUAAGAAAAUAUGAAAGUCUUUGACUAAUUUUACAAGGAGCUUAAAGUUUAUGCUUGCUGACACCGCCACCGCCACCACCACCGUCUGCCGCCGGUUUACCAAUUCAGACUCUAAAAUGACUGACAGAGUUUAUCCCUCAUCAAAACCCAACGGCAACACAACCGCCGCCACAACAAACACAAGACUACCACCACCACCAAGCAAAGCCCAGCAACCCAAUCGCCACCCCUACCGGCCAAACUCAGUUACCAACCAGCGAACUCGGCGCCGCAGCCGCCGUGGAUGCUUCUGCUUAUGCUGCUUCUGGUCAGUUCUUAUCAUCACUCUCCUCAUCCUCAUAUCCGCCAUCGCAGGUUGUAUACUUUACCUCCUCUACCGCCCCCACCGACCAACGUUCUCUAUCGCCUCCCUCAAAAUCUCGGAAUUCAACCUCACCACCACCGCCGAUGACACCACACGACUCACUUCAAACCUCAAUCUUACCAUCUCUUCCAGAAACCCAAACAAGAAAAUCACAUUUUACUAUGAUUCAAUCUCAAUUACGUGUUUAUCCGAAGGAACGCAAGUCGCAAACGGAAAUUUCGCUAACUCGUUUGUUAGUAAUCCGAAUAACAUCACCAUUAUCCGCUCAUCAUUGUCUAGCAACUCCCAGCUUUUGGAAACAGAAACAGUGAAUCGAAUGAGAUCGGAUCUGAAAAAGAAAUCAGGGCUUCCACUAAAGUUGCUGCUUGAUACUAAAGUUCGAUUCAAAAUCGAGUCCAUAAGAAGCAAAAAGAUUGGGAUUCGGAUAAAAUGCGAAGGAAUUCAUAGCUUAAUUCCAAAGGGUGGCAGUGGGAAUUCAAGAAAUUCAUCAUCUUCAUCAGUAGCUGCUACUGUUUCUGCUGCCAAAUGUAAGCUUGAUCUUCGGAUCAAGAUCUGGAAAUGGACUUUCUAAAUUUCUUAUAUUUUACGAUUCUUUUAAUGUUUUAUUUAUUAUUCUUUUAUAAAUUCGUGAGGUUUCUCUUAUGUAA